GAUGGGGUUGUCUCCGUGGGAAGGAGGAGGGAAGACGAACGGCUGAAUGCAGCGCAGAGCAGAGAGAGGAGAGAAGGACGUAGACCAUACUCUGAACACAGACAAAAAAGACACGUUGGCUUUUUCAAAUCUACCAAUCACCAUGUUCACAAGGUCGCACUCUGAAAGAAGAGCCCUUCCUGGUUUCUCAGCCUUACUGACACUCAGCACCCCAAAAGAGAGAGAUGUGACCUUCUCAUCUCCCCUGUACUUUACCCCACGGGACUCCAUCUUUACACCACAAUCACCUACUUUAUCUCCUCCAUGGGUGAAAGAAGCACUGUCAACACUGGAGAAAGGCGAGGAAGAACUUCAGAGUCUAAGGGAGCGUCAGCAAACGGAAGUGGAGGAGGUAAACCGUGAAUUGGACAAUGCUGUAUUUGAAGCUCAACGUGAGGAGCGACGCCUUCUUGAAAAGGUGGAGCAGGACUACAGGGAAACCCAGCGACAUCUUAGUCAAGUGAAGAGGGAAAACGCUGCAGCUGUGAGAGUUGUGCAGUCACUUGUUGAUCAGCAAAUUAAUAAAAUUAGGCAGUUAAAAGAACAAAUCCUUAGAUGGGGUUUUAAAGCUGAUGGAUCAAACAGAAAUCAGCUUCAAAGAGGCGUAGCAGAGGUCACUCAACCUUGGGAAAUCUCUUUAACAAUGAAAAGGGUCCAUUUUGUAUCCAGCCCCCAUUAUAAGAAUUUACAUUUUGGGGAGGUUGAUAUUCACGAACAAGGUAUGACCUAUAAUAUUGGGGUCUGUGGUGACCAGGGACACAAAUGCGCCUUGCACUCUGGUGAUGCAAAAUUCUUAAACAUAAAUCCUCGUGAAAUCCGAAAGGAACCCCAACAUAACAGAGGUAGAGCAGUGGAAAACAUCAAGGCAAACAGUGGAAACGUUCGUGUUGUUCGGAAACUGCAUCUGUCAAGCCCUACAGAGAAUGAUGACGAGCAAAGGCUGAUGAGGUCUUCCAUCCAAAGACAUCGCGUUGUAUCAGAAUCUUCACAAGAUGAAGAGGUAGAAUCUGUCUGUUCAGACACACAAGGGCAGGAUCUUUUCCUUGCUAUUCCGCUCGUCUCCAGUCAAGGAGAAUCAGAGGGGGACGAAUCUGAUUCCAGACAUAAUGAAACAAAGAGACACAAUACGGUGAAAGGUAAAAGAAAGCAAAAGGCCCUUGUUAUGGUUUCAUGUGAUGAACCAUCAUGCCCUCUUGGAGAAAAAGAGGAUAAAAGAAACAAUGCAACAUUUUCAAAGGCUAGGUGCAAGGGUUCAGUCUCAAGAUACAGUCUUACAGACCUUUCUCCAAAACAUCUUUCUCUUUCACAACAAAGCCUCUCAAAGAAGAACUCAUUGGACAGUGGAAGCCUUUCAUCCCCUGGUGACAGUGAAGAUUCCUGCAGUACAUUUAUUGUAGAUUCUCCACAAAAUGAAUCUCUUAAGCAAGACCACUGCUGCUCAACCUGCACCACUGAGCUUUCCAGUAGGGAAAGCCCUUUGGUUAACGAUGACAAAAAUGAGUGCAGAAAAAUGAGAAGAGUCAGUAGAAUGCAUCUAACCUCAGAACCUUCAACAUUUAAACAAGGCCAUGAAAACUUUCCAGAAUCAAAUAAGAGCAUCAUCAGCCCUAAAAGGCAAUCGAGAUCUCAAACUCUGCUUACACCUGGUUUAACUGUCAACCGUGUCAGCAGAUCUCUGUCCAUGUCAGCAAUCGAUGGUGACAAAAUAAAUCAAAACAAACAAUCGCUGCCUUGCAACAAUAAGACAGGCAACACUGACAUGUGUUUUAAAGAAUUUGAUAAAGGGACUAAUUCAGCUGUUUUUGGCACAGCUUAUCUGGUCAAACAGUUCGGUAAACAAGGAUCAGGCCGAACUGACUUCAACCUGCCAAGUGGUGUUCAUGCAACUGCUAGAGGGCAACUGUUUGUGGUGGAUUGCGGUAAUGCCCGAAUCCAAGUGACGGAUCUCCAAAAGAACAUUGUGCAGCAAGUCUCCCCUUCGGGAUCAGAAAGGUCUUCACGCAUAUGUAACUAUUUUGAUGUGGCUGUAAAUUCAAAGGGCCUCAUCGCCUUGACCUGUGCUGCUGAACGAGCAUUGUUAGUUUUCAGUCGUCAUGGACGCCUUCUACAAACAUUUGGUGGCACCAUGACUGGUUCAACAAAUGAAGACCUGGAUGCUCCAAGAGGGGUCACCGUUACAUGUCAAGAUGAAUUCAUUGUCGCAGACAUCAAGCGCGGCACCUUGACUGCCUUAAAGUUGGAUCCAAAAACUGGGGCUAGGUUAGAACGUACAGUUGUAACCGGGUAUCACAGACCCUACUUGGUUGCAGCCUGUCUCACUACCCGGCUAAUAGCAGUUUCAGAAAGAGGCAAUGAAACUGGCCGCGUCCCAUGCAUUCGCGUCCUGGAACCUGGCUGGAACACCAUCAGAAUCCUUGGGGUGUGUUCAGGCCUUGGACCGGUCCUGACCUGCCCCUGGGGCCUUUGUAUCGACAGUGAUGGUGAUGUCUUGGUGGCAGACUGGGGAAAGGAACACCACCGUGUUCUCAUCUACCCAUCAAAGGGUGUUGGAUGGCCUCUUGUAUCCGAAAACCUUAACAGCCCACGAGGGCUGGCACUCCUCCCUGAUGGCCAUAUGGUUGUCUCAGACAGCAUGAACCACUGCGUCAAGAUUUAUCGCUACAAAUAAAUCACAGAGGGCAUAUAUUUGAAGACAAAUAUCCUAAGAGGUGUUAAUAGUAAAACCUGUGGCUUUGGGAUUUCUUUACUAUUUGGUACUUCUGCAGUUGUGGAUGUCUUGCAUUUAUUUUUUCCAGAAGGAAUGAAAAUGUGUAAUCUUUCAGAGAAAGUGUUCCAAUAUUCCUUAAACAGGGUUUUUACCUCUAUUGUUAGUUGUAGACUUCAAGAAUUUUAUUUUUAAUCCCAUCGUAGUCUACACCUGGAUAUAUCAUCUAAAUACAUUAAAGGAAAUGUAGCCAGAUAACUCUGAUUAUAAGAUUAAAUCAUAUCCAUGAUUGAGAGGUUAAUCAUUGUUAGAGGCUAGUCUCUCAAUUUUAUUAGACUCAACUGGGCUAAGGAAUAAAGUUUGGCAGCUUUGACUUUGUGUCACACAAGGGUAUCAGUCAGUCAUGAGAUAAGCUACUCUUCUACUGUUCUGUUUUUACAAAGUGGAGAUUUUUCUCUUCUCUAACAUAUCUGACAGUAGGAAUCUCUCAAUACAUGCAAUAAAGUAGUUAUAGAUGUUUUUGUCAAAGUGUGGGUUUAUUGUGGGCCACAGAAGGAUGACAUAGGAAAGCAGAUUUUCAAGUACAAGGGUAUGAAGUGAAAAUUUGAAAAAUGGACAACUUGACCACCAGCAUUUGAAUUUGAAUAAUGUCCUUAAUGGUAAAUAUUUAUGAUUGAGCUCUAAACAAUUAUAUAGAACUUAUUAUAUAGACCAAAACUACUUACAGACAAACUGUUUUUGUUUACUACCAUUAUCUAUGAAUACAAGAUGUUGAUGUUUUCAGUGUAUUUGCCUCGUGUUAUAAAAAUAUAAACAUUAAAAUAGAUUUAAGUCUCUAUUUUGUUAUUGCUUAGCACAUCACAGAAUGACAUGAAAAGUUGGGUUCUCCAUUUAAAAAAAGGGGUCCCUUAUUUCUUUAUUAUUUCAGUUCAAUAGAUCUGGAAAUUUCUAAUCAUAUAAAACCUGAACAACCUGAUUAUGAGUUGAACCUAUCACAAUUUAAAUGUUUAAUUUAACAAAUAUGCAAUAUAUUGUGAAGUAAUUAUGAUAAUCUGGCAAAGGAAUGUCCUGAAUCUUGACCUAACCAUUAUGAAAAUGUCAAACUUACAUUAUGUAAAUUAAAUAAAUAGCUUGUUUUCUUUGCAAGCUCCAUGAAAUUCAAGAAUUUCAGCUUUUACAAAAACAUGAACAUUCAAAAACAUGUAAAUAAGCAGAAGUAAAUCCUAACAAACGAAGGUAAAGGGCAGUAACAGCUAAUUGUGCAACAACGAAACUUCUAGCUCUAUCUGUGCAAACAGACACACUGUCAAGCUAUGCAGGCUAAGAGUUUCCCAACUGGCCCAUCUGCACACACAUUUACGCACAUGUCGGUAUAAAAGCACAGGUUGAACUCUAGCUCAGCUACACUUCAGCCUUGUUCCAGUGUGAGACACCACAUCAGCAGAGUAAACAUGGAGCUUUUGGUGACCAGAAGUCUGUAUCUGUGCGCUCUGUUUGCUCUCUCCUUGGCAGCACCGCUACAAGAUGCUGCUGUUGAAGAUGGAGGUUCCAGCCCUGCAGCUCCAGAUCGAUGUGCUGGUAUUGAGUUUGAUGCCAUCACACCCGAUGAAAAAGGAACCGCCCUCUUCUUUAUAGGGGACCAUCUGUGGACUGGCUUCACUGGUCCAGCUCAGCUCUCCAAUCUGCACUUUAGGGGGCUGAGUGGUGCUGUUAACGCCGCUUUCCGCAUGCACAACACUGAAAAUCCAGAUGACCACGAUCACAUCUACCUUUUCCAGAACGAUAAAGUGUACAGUUAUUUCAACCAAAAUCUGGAGGAAGGGUAUCCAAAACAAAUACAAGAGGAUUUUCCUGGAGUGCCCACUCACCUGGACGCUGCAGUGGAGUGUCCCAAGGGAGAGUGCGUGACUGAUUCGGUUUUAUUCUUUAAAGGACAUGAUGUGCAUGUGUAUGAUAUUGCCACAAAGACCGUGAAAACCAAGACCUGGUCACACCUGCCCUCGUGCACGUCUGCCUUCCGCUGGCUUGAGCACUACUACUGUUUCCACGGACAUAAUUUCACCCGCUUCCAUCCCAUCUCAGGAGAGGUGACUGGUACUUACCCCAAGGAUGCACGACAUUACUUCAUGAGCUGCCCCAACUUUGGUCACGGAGGUGAUCGUAAACCCCUAAAAUGCAGUGACGUCAAGCUGGAUGCAGCCACCACAGAUGAUGGAGGAAGGAAGUAUUUCUUUACAGGUAGAGUGUACCUGCGUGUUGACACACACCGCGAUGGGUUUCAUCCCUUCCCAAUAACUAGGGGAUGGAAAGAAGUCAAUGACGGGGUCGAUGCCGUUUUCUCCUACUCUAACAGGAUGUACUUGAUUAAGGGGGAUCAGGUGUACAUCUAUAAAGCAGACGCUCACUUCACCUUGAUUGAAGGCUACCCUAAAACCGUGAAGGAGGAGUUGGGCAUUGAGGGCCCUGUGGAUGCUGCUUUUGUAUGCCCAAAUCAACACACUGUUCAUAUAAUUCAAGGGAACAUGAUGCGCAACAUCGACCUUACUGCCACACCCAGGGUCAUCGACAGAGAACUGCCAUUGCCGCUAUCCGACAUAGACGCCGGUCUGUGCGGUGAAAAUGGAAUCAAUCUAUUUAAAGGCUCACAGUUUUAUCACUAUGAAAGCGCCAUGAUACUGGCGGCAGGAAGGAUCGCCCCUCAGCCCCAGGCCAUAACCUCAGCAAUGAUGGGAUGCCAGGAUUAAGGAACAGUCACAAACGCGUUCAAAUAAACAUCAUAAAACAAACCGUAAAUAAAUAAUACCCUAUUAGAAUAACCUCUGGCAUGGAAUUAAAAUAAAUGGAGCAAAGUAAGGUAAAUAAGUGGAACUUUGGAAAAGCCUUGUUUUAAAGUUUGUCUUUGAUUU